UCCACAGCACAAGUUACACAAGCAAGGAUCAUUUUAUAAUCGGAGCAUUUCACAACUUUUACAUCAAUUCGCACGCUCAGCACAUGCGUCCGAGAAAGCAAUUAUGUAUUCUCCUUUGGCUGGUACUACAAUAAAAAUGGUCAACCUGAAAUCAUAGAAUAGAAUAGAUCAUCAUUGACGUCCACGCCUCACCUUCCAUUUAUGAGACAAAACGAUCAAAUUGCCUACAUUUGAGUCGACUGACAUCAGGAGUCGGAAGAACAUUUAUCGCUUUGGGCUGAAUUAACACGGAACUCCAAAGUAAAGUCAGUAUGUUUGCUUUGACAGUGUAAAUAUCAAUCGCGAGCAGAGAGAGCGAGCGCGUCGAUCUUGAACAACUACAGCGCGCGAAUUUUCUAACGUUGAAUUCUUCAAGUGGAGUAGGACACAGAAAGGAGUUUGUCGUCGCAAUGGAGUUGAAUUCAGUGCUUUUGACUGCGGGUGGCUCUAUUGGAUUUUUUAAACUUGUCAACUGUGGUGUCAGUAAACUCCAUACUCCUAAGACUGCUUGCAGAAACGCCUGGAAAUGGAGAAAUAUCUGCACAUCUUUCACCCACAGUCUGAUAACUGGGAUAUGGGCUGUACUAUGCUUUUUCGUACACCCACAGAUGGCCGAAGAUUUGAUAGGAACUCAUUCUGUGUUCUCGCACACGUUGGUUUCUGUAUCAAUUGGCUACUUCAUCUAUGACUUCCUUGAUAUGGUGCUCAACCAGAAGAUGAUCCUGUCAUGGGAGCUCCUAUUCCAUCACACAGUGGUGAUCAGCUGUUUCGGCAUCACCGUCCUGACCGGUCGCUACGUGGGCUUUGCUGUGGUGGCCCUCCUGGUUGAGAUCAACUCUGUGUUCCUCCACCUGCGGCAGAUCUUACGCAUGGCCAGCCUAGCAGAGGGCGACCUCUACCGCAUCAACAGCAUGGUCAACCUAGGUACCUAUGUGGUGUUCCGGAUCAACACCCUGGCCUGGAUGACCCGCUGGCUGGUCCUGAACCGGGACAACAUCCCCCUGUUCAGCUACACAGCGGGGAGUGUAGGGCUAGCCAUUAUGACUGCAAUGAAUAUAGUGCUCUUCUACCGCCUGCUGAGGUCUGACUUCCUCAAGAGUAGUACACCCACGCCCACGGAGUGUAAAGAGAGUAGAGGGCAAGGAGAGGGAAAGAAGGAGACGUAGGAAGGAAGGGAGGGAGGGAGAAGAGAUAAUGGCAGAGAUUGUAUAAUGGCAGAGAUGGAUGAGAUGUCCUUGAGUAUUCGAGAGGGUGAGCAGGAUGUAUGAACACACGUACGUACACACACAGAGAGAUACAUAAGACAUCUUGUAGCGAAGCCGGGAGCGCGAGGAUGUCAGUCACAUACAAACAAACACACACACAUAUAAAUACACACUUUGUGGCCAAUAGACCUUGCACCUUAUGCCUGUACUCUACUUAAGAGAUCUGACCAAAUACACUUCCCCAGCUCUUCUGUUUUGAGGUACAGGCGUUUACAAUUCACACACACAAGGUCCAUUGAAUGAUAGCCAAAAAGAAGUGACACAUCUAUGAAAUAAUGUGUGUGUAUAUAUGUGUACUGUGUGUGUGUGCAGGAUAAUGUGCUCUACUGUACCUUAGAAAGUUUGGGUUCUCACCCAAUCGGUCGUGUGUGUGUGUGUGUGUGUGUGUGUGUGUGUGUGUGUGUGUGUGUGUGUGUGUGUGUGUGUGUGUGUGUGUGUGUGUGUGUGUGUGUGUGUGUGUAUAGUCAAAAGUUUGGACACACCUACUCAUCCAAGGGUUUUUCUUUAUUUUUACUAUUUUCUACAUUGUAGAAUAAUAGUGAAAACAUCAAAAAUAUGAUAUAACAUGUAUGGAAUCAUAUAGUUAAAAAAAAGUGUAAAAUAUAUCAAAAUAUAUUUUAGAAUUUAAAGUAGCCACCUUUUGCCUUGAUGACAGCUUUGCACAUUCUUGGCAUUCUCUCAACCAGCUUCAUGAGGAAUGCUUUUCCAACAGUCUUGAAGGAGUUCCCACAUGUGGCGCACUUGUUGGCUGCUUUUCCUCAGCGGUCCAACUGAUCCCAAACCAUCUCAAUUGGGUUGAGGGUCGGGUGAUUGUGGAGGCCAGGACAUCUGAUGCAGCUCUCAAUCACUCUCCUUCUUGGUCAAAUAGCCCUUACACAGCCUGGAGGUGUGUUGGGUCAUUGUCCUGUUGAAAAACAAAUGAUAGUCCCACUAAGUGCAAACGAGAUGGGAUGGCGUAUCGCUGCAGAAUGCUGUGGUAGCCAUGCUGGUUCAGUGUGCCUUGAAUUCUAAAUAAAUCAUGACAGUGUCACCAGCAAAGCACCAUCACACCACCUCCUCCAUGCUUCACGGUGGGAACCACACAUGCGGAGAUCAUCCGUUCACCUAGUCUGCAUCUCAUAAAGCCACGGCAGUUGGAACCAAAAACCUCAAAUUUGGACUCAUCGGACCAAAGGACAGAUUUCCACCGCUCUAAUAUCAAUUGCUCGUGUUUCUUGGCCCAAGCAGGUCUCUUCUUAUUAUUGGUGUCCUUUAGUAAUGGUUUAUUUGCAGCAAUUCGAUCAUGGAGGCCUGAUUCACACAGUCUCCUCUGAACAGUUGAUGUUGAGAUGUGUCUGUUACUUGAACUCUGAAGCAUUGAUUUGGGCUGCAAUUUCUGAGGCUGGUAACUCUAAUGAACUUAUUCUCUGCAGUAGAGGUAACUCUGGGUCUUCCUUUCCUGUGGCGGUCCUCAUGAGAGCCAGUUUCAUCAUAGCGCCUGAUUGUUUUUGCGACUGCACUUGAAGAAACUUGAAAAGUUCCUAAAAUGAUCCGCAUUGACUGACCUUCAUGUCUUAAAGUAAUAAUGGACUGUCGUUUCUCUCUGCUUAUUUACAUUUACAUUUUAGUAGACGCUCUUAUCCAGAACGACUUACAGUGGAGUGCAUUCAUUUUUUAUUACAUUUUACAUACUGAGACAAGGAUAUCCCUACCGGCCAAACCCUCCCUAACCCGGGCGACGCUAUGCCAAUUGUGCGUCGCCCCACGGACCUCCCGGUUGCGGCCAGCUGCGACAGAGCCUGGGCGCGAACCCAGCCCAGCCUGGGCGCGAACCCAGAGACUCUGGUGGCGCAGCUAUGCAGUGCCCUAGACCACUGCCCCACCCGGGAGGCCUGCUUAUUUGAGGUGUUCUUGCCAUAAUAUUGACAUGGUCUUUUACCAAAUAGGGCUAUCUUCUGUAUACCAUCCCUACCUUGUCACAACACAACUGAUUGUCUGAAACGCAUUAAGAAGGAAAGAAAUUCCACAAAUUAACUUUUUAACAAGGCCCACCUGCAUUCCAGGUGACUACCUCAUGAAGCUGGUUGAGAAAAUGCCAAGAGUGUGCAAAGCUGUCAUCAAGGCAAAGGGUGGCUACUUUGAAGAAUCUCAAAUAUAAAAUAUAUAUUUGAUUUGUUUAAAUGUAUUUACAUUUUUAAAUCCCUCAUCAAUCUACACACAGUACCCCUUUAAUGACAAAGCAAAAACAGGUUUUUAGAUUUAUGUUUGAAAAUGUAUUUAAAAAAAAAAAUGAAAGACCUUAUUUUACGUAAGACCCUUUGCUAUGAGACUCAAUUGAACUCAGGUGCAUCCUGUUUCCAUUGAUCAUCCUUGAAAUGUUUCUACAACUUGAUUGGAGUCCACCUGUGGUAAAUUCAAUUGAUUGGACAUGAUUUGGAAUGGCACACCUGUCUAUAUAAGGUCCCAAAGUUGACAGUGCAUGUCAGAGCAAAAACCAAGCCAUGAGGUCGAAGGAAUUGUCACUCUGACAGUGACAAAUUUCCUUUGUGGAGAUGGGAGAACCUUCCAGAAGGACAACCAUCUCUGUAACACUCCACCAAUCAGGCCUUUAUGGUAGAGUGACCAGACGGAAGCCACUCUUCAGAAAAAGGCACAUGACAGCCCACUUGGAGUUUUCCAAAAGGCCCCUAAAGGACUUUGAUUCUCAUGAUUCUCUGGUCUGAUGAAACCAAGAUUGAACUCUUUGGACUGAAUGCCAAGCAUCAUGUCUGGAGGAAACCUGACACCAUCCCUACGGUGAAACAUGGUGGUGGCAGCAUCAUGCUGUGGGGAUUGAGGGAAAGAUGAAUGGAGAAAAGUACAGAGAUCAUUGAUGAAAACCUGCUCCAGAGCGCUCAGUACCUCAGACUGGGGCGAAGGUUCACCUUCCAACAGGACAACGACCCUAUGCACAAAGCUAAGACAAUGCAGGAGUGGUUUUGGGACAAGUCAAUGAAAGUCCUUGAGUGGCCCAGUCAGAGCCCGGACUUAAAACCGAUCGAACAUCUCUGGAAAGACCUGAAAAAAGAUGUGCAGUGACGCAUCAAACCUGACAGAGCUUGAGAGGAUCUACAGAAAAGAAUGGGAGAAACUCCGCAAAUACAGAUGUGCCAAGCUUGUAGCAUCAUACCCAAGAAGACUCAAGGCUGUAAUUGCUGCCAAAGGUUCUUAAAGUAUUGAGUCUUUGGUCUGAAUACUUAUGUAAAUGUGAUAUUUCCAUUUUUUUAUUUUUUUAUACAUUAACAAAAAUGUAUAAAUCUGUUUUUGCUUUGUCAUUGUGGGUUAUUGUGUGUAAAUUGAGGAGGGAAAAACAUAUUUAAUCAAUUUUAAAGUCUUACCCUUUAACGUAACAAAAUAUGGAAAAAGUCAAGGGGUCAGAAUACUUUCAGAAUGCACGUGUGUGUGUGUGUGAAAUGUCUUACAGGUUGAGGUGCAAAUCUCAUAACACUGAGAAAGAAAAAAUAUAUAAAUACUAUAGGGAAUCAUUGAAUCCAACACCUGUGUCUUCUUGAACAUGUUAUAAACAUGUUGAGUAAAACUAGCACUAGAGUCGAAGACGUUUAUUGGCCAAGCCUUAUGUAAACUAAACACCUGCUACCUCAGAAGACUGUAGCAACUGCAUCUGUUCGUAACAUGAGUAUUGCUAUCUAUUUUGUAAGGGUUCCCAUGAGGCGGCGCACAAUUGGCCCAGCGUUGUCUGGGUUAGGGGAGUGUUUGGCCGGCUGGUAUGUCCUUGUCCCAUCGCGCUCUAGCGACUCCUUGUGGCAGCCGGGCGCAUGCAAGCUGACUUCAGUAGCCAGCUGUACGGUGUUCCCUCCGACACAAUGGUGUGGCUGGCUUCUGGGUUAAGUGAGCAGUGUGUCAAGAAGCAGUGCAGCUUGGCUGGGUCGUGUUUCGGAGGAUGCAUGGCUCUCAACCUUCGCCUCUGCCGAGUCCGUACAGGAGUUACAGCGAUGGGAGAAGACUGUAACUAGCAAUUGGAUAUCACAAAUUUGGGGAGAAAAGGAGUAAAAAGCACCAAAAAUAAAACAAACAAAAACAACAACAAAAAAGGGGCGUGUUGGUAUUUCUCAAAACUGUUUCACAUACUCGUAGAUCGUGUUGUUUACCAAACAACAAGGUUCACUUCAGAUUGAGGUCGAGUUGAAUUUUGUGGAAAUUAAACUAAAACAACAUUGCCCUAAGAAACAGCAGCUAUGUUUGCUUUCUCUCCCUCACACACACACACAGGCACACAGGCAACGGCUGCUAUGUUAGUCCAUUUGGAGCUUGCUCAUUAAGUCGAGUGUACCUCUCAAUACUAGGUCCACACAGUCACCAUGACAACCGAGAGAGCCAGCUCUUCCCAUACACACCAGCUAAUGACAUCACUAAUGACAUACAGGCCAUUAGACUGGUAUCUGAUGACUGACAUGGUUGGUGGUCAUUGAAGUGUCAUUACAGAGUUGGCCUGAAGGAGGCAGAACACUCCUUAGAGGAAGGAUAUGGGACAGGUGAACUGAUCCUGGAUCUGUGCCUAAAAGUGCAACUUCUACCCAGAGCAGGGAUGGGCAACUCCAGUCCUCAGGAGCCUGAUUGCUGCUACACUUUUUUCCCCAGCUAACAUGCCUAACUCCAGUAAUCAACUAAUCAUGAUCUUCAGUUCAGAAUGCCAUUUGUUUAAUCAGCUGUGUUUGGUAGGGAUCGGGGAAAAAGUGUGACACCACUCCGGCCCCCGAAGACUGGAGUUGCCCAUUCCUGCUCUAGUUAGAAGUUGCCCAUUUAGGCACAGAUCCAAUAUCAGCUACCUGUCCCAUAUCCUAGAUCUGUGCAUAAAAGGGCAACCUCUACCUAGUAUCCAUCAUAACAUUACAGACCAUCGGUAAUAUUGCGCUGAAGUUUUUCUAACAAGAUGUAUUUCUAUGUUUUGUUCCAGUUUUUAUUUAAAUUUUUUUUUUUGUAUAUUUGUAAUUUAUUUGUACUCAAAAAAAGUUGUGGAUUUAAUUAUCAAGGAUGAAUAAAAUUAUAAAUAUGGUUAAUGAACACAGUUUGAAUAAUAUUGUAUAUCCCUUUAGAAUAAUUGUUGGUUAUAUUGGAGAUAUAUGGAUUGAUAGUGGUAUCUACAGUAUAUGGUGUAUAAGCUGUUGGGCCAAUGAGGGGUUCUUUCUGUUUCCCUGAGUCUAGAACAUCCAUGAGGGUCUUUUGAAAAGAGCUUAUUCUUAUUUGCCUGUUGAUUCUUUUGCUCUCUGACCAAACACGUCCACUAUUGAAGGGGUGGCCAGUCUUACCCAGCAAGGGCUGCUUCCAGCCAAGCAGUAAUUCUACUUGACCAAUUCUUCAUGGAAUACUAUGAUUAGAAUAGCAAAAUUAGAUGACCCUACCAAUGGCAACACACUGCUAUACUGUACCACUAUCAACAAUGAAAAGACACUAAUGAUGUUUGAUAUGAAGCUCAUUAGCAAAGCAUAAUUAAAAAGCUUGUUUCAGCUGCUUGAAUAGACCUCCCAAACAUCAGACAGUCAAUGAACGGCUGAAGACUAUUCUACAAAAACAGCCAUGAUUUGUUUCCAUUCAGAAGUUUCUUUUAUUGCGAUAAGACUCCUGAAUGAACUUCAAUAGUUUACAACAUGUAUGUAUGUACUAUAUUUGUUUCUUUUCGAGCAGAUUAACCUUUGGUUGUGGUGGUGAUAUCUGAAGUACUUGCAUGAACUUGUGAGCUUUAUAUUGUGGAUCAUGUGUCCUGUUUUGUAAUGAUACGACAUACUGUUAUUGCUAUUUGCCAUUAUAAAUGUAAAGUACCAUUGUGACCUAGUUGGUUGGUAA